AUGUUCCGCACAUUUAUAUACCAACAGCGCGAUGCUUACCUGUUGCAAUCCAAAUUCAGAAAGUUGGAACGACAUUCUCGGGAAAUACCGACUAAAAAAUGUUUAUAUGUUAUACCGGGAUUAGUAUCCCGUUCAUUUGAAUUUCCAAAUGAAGUUGAAGCUAAUAUCAUUCAAUCAUUGUUUGAAAAUUCACCUGUUUGGAUUCAACAAGAGUCAAAAUUAGUUGAAGAAUCACAAGUAAAAGUUGAUAAAUAUUCUAAUUUAAUGAAAAUAUCAUUUGGAUAUUUGGCAUCAACGACAGCUUAUUUUUGGAGUCAAAAUAUUAUAAGUGGUUCUAUGCUAGGAUGGAAACCAAAUAUUCGUCAGAAAUAUCUGACUAUUACAUAUCAAACUCACAUAUCAAUGGAAUUGAGAUUGAAUCAAGAUUCUUUAGAUAGAUACUUUAUAAUUUCAUUCGACAACAUUGGAAGUUAUACAAUAAUUUUGCCUCUUAAAGCAUCACCACGUUGUUAUCGUUUUAAUAAAUUUCUGAGAGGUCAAUCUAAUAGCCGACAACUUGAUUUCGGAAUUAUUAAUGAAUCAUGUUUAGCUAAUAGUUCUGCUAUAUGUUUAAAUUUCCAUGGAUACAAUUCAUUAGUAGCCUGUGCAAAAUUUUUGAUUGAUGUCAUGAAAUUAGAUUGUUACCAAGGUCAUAUCGAAUGCAUUGAAAUGCCAGUUCAAAAAUUGGAAUUUGAUCAGAUUUUAUCAGAUUUUUGGUCAAGUUAUGCUUUUCAAAUGCUAUUAACACUAGGAGAUCGAAUUAAAAAUCGAAUAACAUUAAAUAUUCUUCGUAAAAUUUAUCAUUUAUCAAAAUUAUCAAUCGGCCAGCAGUAUCCAAAUCAUCAAUGUUAUUCAAAAUUAACGGCUAUUUAUUAUCGAGCUCGAUACAAUCGUUUUUUUGAUAUCAACCAAGAGUUUGACAAUGUUGAACCAGUACUCUCAAGUAUUGUCUUGGAUAAAUGGGAAUAUGUACCUCGAAUAUAUUUAACGCCAUAUUGUGUUUAUCCUUUGCCAAUUAAACCAAUGCGAGGAAAUAGAAUCUUGCGUGAAAGAAAUCUGUUUGGUUCUGGCAAAAACUUUUGUCGUGUUAUCAUUCGAGAUGUCGAUCUCGGACUACCACAACAAGAUUUUAUGCAACUAAAUAAACAAUGGGUUAAAGAUUUAUUAGUAGCAGAAAGCUAUAUUACGGUUGGCAAUCGAACAUUUGAAUUUUUACUUUGUUCAAAUAGUCAAUUGCGUGAUCGAAGCUUUUGGUUUCACGCUCCUUAUCAUAAUUAUCGGGCAGUACAUAUAAGGAAUUGGAUGGGUGAUUUUUCAUCUGAAAAAUGUAUAGGAACACGAAUUGCAAGAAUGGCAUUGUCAUUAACUGGCACAACAGCAACUAUAAAAUUUCUAUCACAUGAAAUUGAACGCAUUGAUGAUAAAUAUGACGAUCAAGAUAGGACUUUUACUGAUGGAGCUGGUAAAAUUUCUCCGAUGGCAUUAGAAAAAGCAUUAAAGAUUUACAAUCCAGAACUAAUCGAAGAUAAUUAUAUGCCAUGUGUAAUACAAGCUCGGCUAAAUGGUAUAAAAGGAGUGUUUGUAAUGGCUCCUGAUUUAAGUGAUAGAGGUGUAUUGAUUCAGUAUCGUCCUAGCCAAUAUAAAUUUAAGGUGGAUCAUAAUGUUUUGGAAAUCGUCAAACAUUCUAGUUCCGGGAUGGUAUUUUUAAAUCGACAAGUGAUUGUAUUACUUGAAAAUAUGGGAAUAGGGCAACAUAUUUUUGUAAAAUUACAAAAUAAAGCAAGACAAAAAAUAUCAAUGUCACUAUUAGCAAACAAAACAGCUCAGCAUACACUUGAACAAAAUGUUCGAUCUUAUGAUUGGGAACGAAUGCGUCAAUCAGGUGUUCAAUUAACUCAAGAACCAUUUGUACGUUCACUUUUACUUUUACUGGCUCAAGAGAGAUUAAAACGAUUGAAAGAAAAAUCACAUAUUCAAAUUCCACUUUCCGAUGGACGAAUGUUACUUGGUGUUGUAGAUGAAACAAAUUCUCUUCAAUAUGGUCAAGUAUUUAUUCAACUUCGUGAUCUAAAUGGACAAUGUCAAAUAAUACAAGAUCGAAAGGUUCUAAUCACAAAAAAUCCAGCACAUUUUCCUGGUGACAUACGAAAGUUAGACGCUGUUGAUUGUCCAGCGCUCUAUCAUCUGUAUGAAUGUGUUGUCUUUCCUGCUCAAGGGCAACGUCCUCAUCCAAAUGAAAUAAGUGGUAGUGAUAUUGAUGGUGACGAAUAUUGGGUAUGUUGGAAUGAGGAUCUUGUCAACAAUGCUACAAUACAACAUCCACCAGCUACAUUCGAUGCAACUGAGAAAGUAAAACAUGAUGGCGAAAUUACAAUGAAAGAAAUGGCUGAUUUCUUUUUCAAAUAUUUGAGUUCUGACUCUCUGGGAAUUUUAUCUAACCGUCAUUUAGCUUGCUGUGCUCUGUCUGGACCAAGUCAUCCAGAUUCAUGUCGUUUAGCAAAAAUUAUUUCAGAAGCUGUUGAUUUUCCAAAAACUGGAGUACUUCCAAAAUAUCCAAAAGAUAUAACUAUUAAUCAAUAUCCUGAUUUUAUGCAAAAUAAAUAUAAAGAAUCAUUUGUAUCAAAUUCAAGUAUUGGAAUCAUGUAUCGAGAAGUCAGAACAGUCUGGGAAAUUCAUUUAGCAGAACAAGAUAAAUUAACAGAUCAAAAGAUUAAUGUUAAUAAAGAUUUCUUAAUACAUGGCUAUAAAAAAUAUAUUAAUCAAGCUCGAAAUGAACAUGAAUAUUAUUCUUCAAGAAUUAAUACAAUUUUAUCCACUUAUAAUUUAGAAAAUGAAUAUCAAUUAAUUACAGGAUGUCAUUCAUGUAUUGAAGAAGAAAAGAAAAAUAAUGAUUCAGUUGAAACUGCAUUAUUAGAAUUUCGACAUCUCAGCCAAGAAAUGAGAAUUAGGUUUGCAAGUGAUGGAUUAAAUUAUAUAGAAGGAUUACGUAAAACUAGUGCAUGGUAUCAUGUUGCAUAUGAAAAAGGUACUAUACUUAGUUUUGGUUGGAUUAUGAAUCGUUUAAUGAGUGAUAUCAUUAAACAAAAACAAAUAGUUCAAGAAGAACACCAAGCGUUGAAACGUAUUGGUAACGCGAUAUGUAUGCAUGAUCAUGAAAUACAUAUACGAGAAAUAGCUCGUUUAUCCAAUAUGGAAAAUGAAGAAUAUGAUGUAAAUGUCUCGGACACAGAAAGAUUAGGUUCCCUAUUUUUGAAACUUAUUGAGCAAUUUAAUCAAUCUAUGAAUGAACAAGAAUUUGCACAUCGCUUUUUAAUUUUCUUACAUAAAGUUGCGUUAAAUAUUUAUGAAUAA